CGAGAUUGCGGCCAGUCACCCAACAGCCGCGCAUCAGAUUGGAUCACGUGAAAACUGCUCCUCAAACAACUUCGGGUAUUUGAUACAGUUGACGGGACGAAAUGGAGGUUUUAGCGGAAAUAUUGGCUAAUGUUCUUGUGCAAGAGCUUCAUGAGGCUGGUAUCAAGAGUGCUUAUCUAUCAACGCCUCGUCCCUAUAUUCCUAAUAAAAUUAUAACUAAAACAAAUGGUAUAAUCCGGAGGAAGGAUGAAGAGCACUUAACGGAUGCUUGGGUGCAAUAUAACCAUAGGUCGGAAACUCUUGAAUAUUUGCCGUACUUAAAAUCUGACGACUACGCUAUAGACGUAUACGCUCUCAACAUACUUCUAAUUACAAUUUGCUUGAUCGCGAUUUGCAUCUGUUACUGUCGCAUUUAUUUUAGAGGAAGGCGCUUGGCUUUUUAAGUCUUGAAGAAUGGUUUCUACGUGGUCUUCUCCUUGACCUCUAAAUCUCGUGACAACGUCACUAGGUGACUGCCGAAAAAAUAAUUACGAAGGAGGACCGUUUUAAAUAAAAUUCCUUAUGUUUGUAUUAAACUGAUAUUUUUAAAAUGAAAGUAACUCUUUGC